AGUUAAGAAGUAUAUAAAAGAAAUCUUGUGCGUUCUUAGCAAGUAGUCAAAAUUGAAGUUGUUACUGGUGAACAUCUCUCAGAAUAAAAUUCAUCAUGUUCGGGAUUCCCAAGAAAAUAGUAAUCGGUGCAUUUGCUGGAUUGGCUAUUUUAAUACUUAUCAUAUUAGCGUGCAUAGUUUUUUUUAUGAAUUUCCAUUUUCAAGAGAUAAAAUUCAUAAGCGCAUCGUCUCUAGGAAAAUUCCAAAAGGCUGGAGUAUCUUCAACCGGACAAUGUGCGGAAGUAGGAAAUAGUAUGCUUAUCAAAAAUGGUUCUGCGGUCGAUGCUGCAAUUGCUACAUUAUUAUGCGAAGGAGUCGCGUCUCUUAACAGUAUGGGUUUAGGCGGUGGAUUUUUAAUGACAAUCUGGGAUGCAAAAAAUCAAAGAGCUGAAUUUUUAAAUGCCAAAGAAAGCGCUCCAGCUAAAGCUACCAAAGAUAUGUUUGUAGGCAAUCCUCAUGAAUCUAGAAAAGGUGGAAAAGCUAUCGCAGUUCCCGGAGAAAUUUUAGGAUAUUGGGAAGCUCACAGAAAGUACGGAAGACUUCCUUGGGCGGAUUUAUUCAUUCCCACGAUCCAAUUGUGUAAAAAAGGAGUUUUAGUGACUGAUUAUUUAGCUAAUGUAUUAAAGAUAAAAUCAAUUAAUAUCAAAUCAGAGCCCACUCUAGCUGAAAUUCUUAUCAAUCCACAAACUAAUUCCACGUGGACUGCAGGAGACAGAUUAAAGAGACCUCAAUUAGCAGAAACUUUGAAGUUAAUAGCUCGAUAUAAUGCUAGUAUUUUUUAUAAUGGCUCUAUGGGUGAAAAAAUUGUCAAAGAGAUCCAAAGCCUCGGCGGUAUUAUUGACAUGGACGAUUUACGGAAUUACAGAGUUCAAUGGAAAAAACCAAUAACAUCCAAUCUCGGUGAUUUAACGAUGCACACCGCAGCAUUACCUGGUUCAGGAUCACUGUUGACAUUCAUGCUCAAUGUCCUCGAAAACUUAGUUUCAAUGAAUAUUACUGAAGAAACAUUCUGGCAGCGAAUCAUCGAAACCUUCAAAUGGGGAUACGCUCAUCGGACAAAACUAGGAGAUGAUAAUUUUGUUAAAACAGACGAUUUAACGUGGAAUUUAACGUCCAAAAAAUACGCCGAAGAAAUUCGCCGAAAAAUUGUUGACAAUUGGACCAGUAAUGAUCCCAAGUUUUAUGGAGCUGAGACUGAUAGUCCAAUGGAUUCUGGAACUGCUCAUGUUUCCGUACUUGCUCCUGAUGGAUCCGCUGUUUCUGUAACAUCGUCAAUUAAUAUGAUAUUUGGUUCAUUGAUACGUUCGAAGUCUUCUGGAAUAAUACUAAACAAUCAAAUGGAUGAUUUCAGCACGCCGAAUCUUCCCAACGGAUUCGGCUUGCCUCCUUCUCCAACUAACUUUAUAGAACCAGGCAAGCGACCGCUUAGUUCGAUGGUUCCAACGAUAAUUGUCGAUAAAAGUGGACAAGUUCAAUUAGUUGUCGGCGCAGCUGGAGGUUCAAGAAUUACGACAGGAGUCGCAUUGACCAUAGUAAUGAAUCUCUGGCGUGGAUACAACAUCAAAGAAGCUAUCGAUAGUCAUCGGCUUCAUCAUCAAUUAAUUCCCAUGACAGUAGACGCAGGAUCCAAUUUUUCUAGUGAAAUAUUACAACAUUUAAGAAGCUUUAAUCACACUGUUAAAACUGCUCCGUUUGAGUGCGGAGUAACUGCGAUAUCCAGAUUAAAUCAUCCUGGAGUGACGGCAAAUUCUGAUUAUCGGCGAGCUGGAUCGGUCGCCGGAUUUUAAAGCAUAAAAGUAUUGCUCAAUUAAUUUUAAUUUAUAUAUUAAAGAGUCUACAGUAUUAUAAAAA